AUGCCUAGAAAAACAAAAGCUCGUUCUCGAUUAGAUAAAUAUUACAACCUUGCUAAGGAUCAAGGAUAUAGAUCCAGAGCAGCGUUUAAAUUGUUCUAAUUAAAUCGCAAAUACAAUUUUCUCAACAAUGCAAGAACAGUAGUAGAUUUAUGUGCUGCUCCUGGAGGGUGGAUGCAAGUCUGUGCUUAAAUAAUGCCUACAAGUUCAACCAUUAUUGGUUUGGAUUUAGUUCACAUUAAACCAAUACCAGGAUGUAAAGCAUUCACUUAAGACAUUACAACACCAUAAUGUGUAUAAUUACUUAAAAAGGAAAUACCAUAAAAAGCAGAUGUUAUCUUACAUGAUGGUGCUCCUAAUGUUGGAGCUAGUUGGGCUAAGGAUGCUUAUAACUAAAAUGAUCUUGUCUUGUCUUCCUUAAGAUUGGCAUCAUAAUUUUUAAAGAAGGGAGGAGUAUUUGUGACAAAAGUAUUUAGAUCAACAGAUUAUAAUUCAUUAAUGUGGGUCUUUAAUAAAUUUUUUACAAAGGUAGAAGCUACUAAACCUUUAGCAAGUAGAUUUGUUUCAGCUGAAAUAUUUGUUGUUUGUUUAGAUUAUUUAGCACCAGAAUAUAUUGAUGAGAAACUAUUUGAUUCUAAACAUGUGUUUAAAGAUACUGAAACAGAUAUGUUAUAGUAAUAAAUUUAAAAAGAAAUUGUUUCUGUUGAUAAAAUUCUUUAAAAGAGAACUUAGAGACAUAGAAGUGGAUAUGCUGAUGAUGUUCAUUAAACUGUUUAUUAAAUGAUAGAUUUUGAAGAGUUUCUUCAUGCUGAUAAUCCAUAUCCAAUAUUUAUUGAAUAUGCUGGAAUCAAAAUGACUGAGGAAGCUAAAGAAAAAUAUUUGGGUCUUACUAAACCUCCAUAAGAUUAUCAAAUAUUGAUGGAAGAUAUCAAAGUAUUGGGAAAGAGAGAAAUUAUAUAAUUAUUAAAAUGGAGAAGUAAAAUCAAGCAUUUUUUAUCAAAAUAAAAGAGAGAAUAAAAAUAACUACAAUAAUAGGAGGAACAAUAAAGUGCUGAAUAUGAAGAUCUUGAUGAAGCUGAAGGAGAUAGAGAAGUAAAUGAAGAAGAAGAAGUAGAGGAAUAAGAUGAUCUUGAAAAAUUGGUAGAUAAAUAGAAAGAAGCUUUGGAAUAAUAAUAUAUUGAAGAACAAAAGAAAGAAUUAAAAGAAUAAAGAAAAUAAAAAUAAAAAUAAGCUUAAUAAGAAAAGAAAUUAGCUGGAAGAGGAAUAGGAUUCACUCCUUAAGAAGAAGAUUAAGAAUUAUUUUAAUUUUCUAAACAUAAGAAUUUACUUAAAUUAGGUUAUGUAGAUGUAGAAGAUAAAUAAGAAGAUAAAUUAAAGAAAGAGAAAUUAGCAUUUAAUAAUUAAAAAUAAUUAGAUCAAAAUUUAGAAUUAAUUUAUGAAAAUAAAAAAUAAAAAAAAGAAAAUGCUUUAGAAAGAAUUAGAAAUAAAAAGUAAGCCUUAGAAUCUGAAUAAGAAGAAGUUGAUGAUGAGGAUCUUGCUUGUAAACCAAUUAAAAAAGUNAGAUGUUAUCUUACAUGAUGGUGCUCCUAAUGUUGGAGCUAGUUGGGCUAAGGAUGCUUAUAACUAAAAUGAUCUUGUCUUGUCUUCCUUAAGAUUGGCAUCAUAAUUUUUAAAGAAGGGAGGAGUAUUUGUGACAAAAGUAUUUAGAUCAACAGAUUAUAAUUCAUUAAUGUGGGUCUUUAAUAAAUUUUUUACAAAGGUAGAAGCUACUAAACCUUUAGCAAGUAGAUUUGUUUCAGCUGAAAUAUUUGUUGUUUGUUUAGAUUAUUUAGCACCAGAAUAUAUUGAUGAGAAACUAUUUGAUUCUAAACAUGUGUUUAAAGAUACUGAAACAGAUAUGUUAUAGUAAUAAAUUUAAAAAGAAAUUGUUUCUGUUGAUAAAAUUCUUUAAAAGAGAACUUAGAGACAUAGAAGUGGAUAUGCUGAUGAUGUUCAUUAAACUGUUUAUUAAAUGAUAGAUUUUGAAGAGUUUCUUCAUGCUGAUAAUCCAUAUCCAAUAUUUAUUGAAUAUGCUGGAAUCAAAAUGACUGAGGAAGCUAAAGAAAAAUAUUUGGGUCUUACUAAACCUCCAUAAGAUUAUCAAAUAUUGAUGGAAGAUAUCAAAGUAUUGGGAAAGAGAGAAAUUAUAUAAUUAUUAAAAUGGAGAAGUAAAAUCAAGCAUUUUUUAUCGAAAUAAAAGAGAGAAUAAAAAUAACUACAAUAAUAAGAGGAACAAUAAAGUGCUGAAUAUGAAGAUCUUGAUGAAGCUGAAGGAGAUAAAGAAGUAAAUGAAGAAGAAGAAGUAGAGGAAUAAGAUGAUCUUGAAAAAUUGGUAGAUAAAUAGAAAGAAGCUUUGGAAUAAUAAUAUAUUGAAGAACAAAAGAAAGAAUUAAAAGAAUAAAGAAAAUAAAAAUAAAAAUAAGCUUAAUAAGAAAAGAAAUUAGCUGGAAGAGGAAUAGGAUUCACUCCUUAAGAAGAAGAUUAAGAAUUAUUUUAAUUUUCUAAACAUAAGAAUUUACUUAAAUUAGGUUAUGUAGAUGUAGAAGAUAAAUAAGAAGAUAAAUUAAAGAAAGAGAAAUUAGCAUUUAAUAAUUAAAAAUAAUUAGAUCAAAAUUUAGAAUUAAUUUAUGAAAAUAAAAAAUAAAAAAAAGAAAAUGCUUUAGAAAGAAUUAGAAAUAAAAAGUAAGCCUUAGAAUCUGAAUAAGAAGAAGUUGAUGAUGAGGAUCUUGCUUGUAAACCAAUUAAAAAAGUUAAGAAAUAGGAAGAUCAUUUAAAGAUUUCAGAUUUAAAAAGCAAAUUCUUUGAUAAGGAAGAGUUCUCAAAAUUAAAGGAAUAACUUAAAACAUAGAAAGAGGGUGUAUUUGACAAUCCUUUAAAAAAUUAAAAUAUAACAUAAUUAGAAAAGAAGAAAAAAGAUAAAACUGAUAAGGAAUAACAUGCUGAUAAAUUCAAGAAUGAUUCAGAUAGUGAUGAACAAGAAGAGAAAGUUAUGGAUCCAAAAUAAUUGAAAAAUCUAUAAAAAUAAAUUCAAGAAGACUUAAAUUAAUUAGGUGAUAAUAAAGAUAUUGAUUUAUUGAAAAGGGUUGAUAAGAAAGAAUUAGAAUAUUAAAAAAAAUUAAGUAUUUAUUUAUAAAUCUAUUUUAGAUACAAAAAUUAAUUAAGAACCAUUACCAGGAGAAGAUGAAAAAGUAAAAUAAUUUGAACUUAAUCUCCCUAUUUCAGAUAUGGAAAAAAGAAGAAGAAAACUUAAAAAAUUAGCAGCAAGGGAAGAGAAAAGAGCUAAAUUAGCAUCUGAUAAGGAUCCAAAUCGUAAAGAAUUGGAAAUAGUAACAGAAAAGAAAAUAGAAGAUUAUGAUAUUGAUUAAUUAGCUACUAAUCUAGCAUUGGCAAAAAAAAUGAUGAGGAAAAAGACUAGAGAAUAAAUAAUAGAAAAUUCAUUUGGAAGAGAUAAAUGGGAAAAUGAAGAUUUACCUUAAUGGUUUGUAGAUGAUGAAGAAAGACAUGUAUUUAAGAUGGAACCUAUUACAAAAGAAGAAUUUUAAUAAGAAAAACAAAGAUUAUAUGAAAUCAAUUCUAGAGUACCUAAAAAAGUAUUUAAAUAAUAUCAUUAAUUAAGAUUAUGGAAGCUAAAAUAAGAAAAUGGAAGAAGGCUCAAAAGAAACUUAAAACAGCUGCAAAAAAAGCAUAGACAGUUUUUGAUACUGAUGGUAUUAAUGAAAGAACUAAAAUGUAAUAAGUGAGAAGAAUUUAUAAUAAAGAAAAAGCAAAUAUUUAAAAAGAAUAAGAAAGAAAAGUCAUUGUUGCCAGAAAAGGUUAAGCAAGUGGAAGUAUAUNUAUGUAGAUGUAGAAGAUAAAUAAGAAGAUAAAUUAAAGAAAGAGAAAUUAGCAUUUAAUAAUUAAAAAUAAUUAGAUCAAAAUUUAGAAUUAAUUUAUGAAAAUAAAAAAUAAAAAAAAGAAAAUGCUUUAGAAAGAAUUAGAAAUAAAAAGUAAGCCUUAGAAUCUGAAUAAGAAGAAGUUGAUGAUGAGGAUCUUGCUUGUAAACCAAUUAAAAAAGUUAAGAAAUAGGAAGAUCAUUUAAAGAUUUCAGAUUUAAAAAGCAAAUUCUUUGAUAAGGAAGAGUUCUCAAAAUUAAAGGAAUAACUUAAAACAUAGAAAGAGGGUGUAUUUGACAAUCCUUUAAAAAAUUAAAAUAUAACAUAAUUAGAAAAGAAGAAAAAAGAUAAAACUGAUAAGGAAUAACAUGCUGAUAAAUUCAAGAAUGAUUCAGAUAGUGAUGAACAAGAAGAGAAAGUUAUGGAUCCAAAAUAAUUGAAAAAUCUAUAAAAAUAAAUUCAAGAAGACUUAAAUUAAUUAGGUGAUAAUAAAGAUAUUGAUUUAUUGAAAAGGGUUGAUAAGAAAGAAUUAGAAUAUUAAAAAAAAUUAAGUAUUUAUUAAUAAAUCUAUUUUAGAUACAAAAAUUAAUUAAGAACCAUUACCAGGAGAAGAUGAAAAAGUAAAAUAAUUUGAACUUAAUCUCCCUAUUUCAGAUAUGGAAAAAAGAAGAAGAAAACUUAAAAAAUUAGCAGCAAGGGAAGAGAAAAGAGCUAAAUUAGCAUCUGAUAAGGAUCCAAAUCGUAAAGAAUUGGAAAUAGUAACAGAAAAGAAAAUAGAAGAUUAUGAUAUUGAUUAAUUAGCUACUAAUCUAGCAUUGGCAAAAAAAAUGAUGAGGAAAAAGACUAGAGAAUAAAUAAUAGAAAAUUCAUUUGGAAGAGAUAAAUGGGAAAAUGAAGAUUUACCUUAAUGGUUUGUAGAUGAUGAAGAAAGACAUGUAUUUAAAAUGGAACCUAUUACAAAAGAAGAAUUUUAAUAAGAAAAACAAAGAUUAUAUGAAAUCAAUUCUAGAGUACCUAAAAAAGUAUUUAAAUAAUAUCAUUAAUUAAGAUUAUGGAAGCUAAAAUAAGAAAAUGGAAGAAGGCUCAAAAGAAACUUAAAACAGCUGCAAAAAAAGCAUAGACAGUUUUUGAUACUGAUGGUAUUAAUGAAAGAACUAAAAUGUAAUAAGUGAGAAGAAUUUAUAAUAAAGAAAAAGCAAAUAUUUAAAAAGAAUAAGAAAGAAAAGUCAUUGUUGCCAGAAAAGGUUAAGCAAGUGGAAGUAUAUUUUUUAAUUUUAUUUUAGAAUUUAAAAGUUCAAGGAAAGUUCUAACAGUUGAUAAAAGAUUGAAAAAAGAUAAAAGAGCUAUGAAAGCUAAGGCAAGAAUUGGAAAAGGAAAAAAGAGAAGACAAGUUACAAGAAGAAAAGGAAAAAAGUAGAAGUCUUGA